GGAGCCUGGCACGAUGCCCGCUCCGGCUGCGUCUCCGCGGCACAGCUCGGGCAUCGAACCCCUGGAGUUCCUGCUCCUCCAGGGAACACGCAGCUGGAAUCCCACCCCCCCCCCCCCAUCACUGUGAUGUGGGACCGGGAGACAGGGGAACCCCGAGGGAACGGCUAACCUGGCAGACACACACCUGCCCUGGCGACCGAGGCGGGGACUGGACGCUGCUCCCCUGCCCUGGAUAAACAAUGAACCAGAGCAGCAGAAAGUACAGCAAAGCCACUGGGGCUUCCCAUCUGGCCUCUGCAGCCCGGACGGAAGAGACCCUGGAUCCUGGAAGUGGCAGACUUUGUCGAGAAACUGACCCAUCUGGAGUGGUUUGCUGGUUCGUUCUCCUGCUGCGUAACUCAACCCUGGGCCUCCGAGGUUCUGGAGAAAUGAAGCCCUCUGUACCCCCCACUAAGCUGAACGCUCUAGGGAGCCAGGAAGAGCUCCUGCUGCCUGGACAGCCAAACCGGCUUUCCCAGAAGUAUUCCCGCCGUGCCCUGCUGGCUGUGAUCCUGGUGGGCGUGCUCUUGGCCGGGAUUCUCACUUGUCUCUUAGUUUUUCCGUUCGGUUCCCCUUUGGGAAGAGGGAAAGUGGGGCAGGAUCCAGACAACACGUGCAGUGACCCUUGCAGGAUUGUGCUGGUGGAAAGCAUCCCUGAGGGAAUGGUGUAUGAAGACAACAGCACGGUGAACCCGUCCACUUUUCAGGCCUGGAGGAGCCUGAUCGGAGGUGCUACGAACAGCUUGGACAUCGCAUCUUUCUAUUGGACCCUGACAAACGAUGACACGCACACUCAGGAAGCCACGGCUGACCAAGGUGAAGAAAUCCUGGCAGAACUGCUGCAGUUACCCCAGCGAAGUGUCUCGGUGAGAAUCGCAGUCAGCAGCCCAUCCUCAAAGCAGCCCACGGAUGACCUGCAAGCGCUGGAGCAGAGCGGGGCUGCUGUCCGCAAAGUCAACAUGCGCAGGCUGACUGAUGGGGUGCUGCACACCAAGUUCUGGAUCGUCGACAAGACCCACGUCUAUCUUGGCAGCGCUAACAUGGACUGGCGCUCCCUCACCCAGGUGAAGGAGCUGGGCGCGGCUGUCUACAACUGCAGCUGCUUGGCCAAGGACUUAGGGAAGAUGUUUGAAGCCUAUUGGGUUCUGGGAGUGCCGGACGCCUCCAUUCCAUCGCCCUGGCCGGCCAAUUACUCCACCACGUACAACAAGGAGACGCCUCUGGAGGUGCAGCUGAACGGGACGGAUGCCGGCGUGUACCUUUCUAGCUCCCCGCCAGCCUUGUGUGCCGAGGGACGGACGGAGGACCUCCGUGCACUGCUCAGCGUCAUCGACGAUGCCAGCCAGUUCGUGCACAUCGCCGUGAUGAGCUACCUGCCAACCAUGGAGUUCUCGCACCCCCGGAGGUAUUGGCCAACUAUUGACAAUCAUCUCAGGAAAGCAGCCUACGAAAGGCAAGUCCACAUUCGACUGCUGAUUGGCUGCUGGGAGCACUCCAAGCCAGACAUGUUUCCUUUCCUGAAGUCUCUGGCUGCCAUGCAGGACAAUAGGACGCACUACAGUGUGGAAGUGAGGCUCUUCACCAUUCCAGUCAAUGAAACACAAGCCAAGAUCCCCUACGCAAGAGUCAACCACAAUAAGUACAUGGUCACCGACAAGGUGGCCUAUAUUGGUACCUCCAAUUGGUCAGGAGACUAUUUUGUCAGAACAGCAGGAUCUGCGCUUGUGGUGAACCAGAGCGACACGAAUGCCCAGGGCGAGCUCACAGUGCGGGAACAACUCCAGGCCGUGUUCGAACGGGACUGGAACUCCAAAUACAGCAGUGACAUCAGCACCUUGGGCCAGUGGGGAAACAUCUGCAGAGGUCACUAGGAGGCUACGCCGCUGAGGACUGACGGAAGGAAAUCCUGGCAUCACAGAACAACCCGGCUACAGCAUGUCAAGGAUACACAUCAGAGCGGCAUGGCUCCCCCAGCACUGCAAACAUGGUGGGGUUGACAUGUCCCUUCCAGGGCCUGAAAUAUCCGGCGUCACCUGGUUUCUUGCUAGCCCCUUUGGUUUAUCUGCAAUGGCAUUAGCCAUUUUUUGAGCCCUGGUGUCUCUCUGGAUCACAAGGACACCCCAUCUUCAAACACUAACAGCUGAGCCAGGCUGGGGAGAGUUCAUCCUUUUCUCUACCACACCCCGCUGCUGCUUUCCCUCUGUGCUGAACUGAGCAGGAACUUUCAUGUGUAGGCCAGUGGAAUGGGCUUCCAUAGCGUCUGAUAUGUAAUUGUCCAGAUCCCCGUCAAAGGGUUUGUAUACAGGUGCCAGGAGAUGGGAGGUGCUAGUAAAGUCUAAUUUGUGUCUGUAUUUUCAGUCCAUUCGGAAGGAAGAUACAGCGAGUUACACAGGGGGAGCUAUACAAAGAGAACAUAUAUACGGACACAGGAUGGAAUUCAUCAAUGUUCAGAGGGACAAGGCAUGGCCAGGGAACCACUGAUGUCCUACUGCAGCCCUAGUUUAAAUACUUAUGCAGUAACUGAACUGAUGCCUAGGUCUUGUGCUGCCCCUCUGCCCGGGGGUGAAUUUCACCAAUGGAUCAUUUACUCUCCAUGAAUUGAUAUGAUCUUCCAAAAAUUCACUCCAAGGCAGGGCUCUGUAGCAGGGUCUCGCAGGGAACAAGGAAAGCAUUAACUCAAUAGCUGAAAACUUGAGGAGGAGAACAGCAAAUAGGUUUGAAUAAAGUCACCAGUUAUGGAAGUGCAUUCAGGUAAAGGUGGAGUUCCAUUUUGUACUCAAAGCAGGGAUUCAGCAUCUUUAUAUUGUAAGAAAAAUGUAGUGUGCCCUCCUCAAGCAUACUGUAUUUCCUCUCUGAAUGCAGAAUGACUCUGAGAAUUUCCAUGUAAAUCCAUUUGUUAAUUCACACAUUCAAAUUAAUACACAACUGGUUCUUCUAAAAAAUUAGCUGGUGUCACUCUUUUCUUUGUCCCAAAUGAGCUGAACAGAAUAAUGUAGCUAUUUCAAACUUUCCAUCAGGUUAACGUGAAUGGAACUCUGGUGCCGAAGCUCUGUUGGAAGCAAUAGGUUGUAAGGAAGCAACAUGAUUCAGUAUUGUGAUGGGAGAGGUUACAGAGAAGUUAGCUGGGCCCAGUGUGACAGAGGUAACCCCACCUUUCCUGUCCAGCUAGUUUGCAGCCAUGAGUCUAUGUCUAUGAGAGACUCAGUGCUACUGGGAGGCUGGAGAAGUGCCAAGAA